GGUGACCCAGGAAUUGAAGGUCCAAUUGGACACCCUGGUCCUAAGGGUACUCCUGGUCUAAAAGGAGAAAAGGGAGAGUUUGGAGCAGAUGGACGAAAGGGAGCUAGUGGUUUUGCCGGAAGAAAUGGCACUGAUGGACAGAAGGGCAAGAUGGGGCGGAUUGGACCUCCUGGCUGUAAGGGUGACCCAGGUGACAGGGGUUCUGAUGGCUACCCUGGAAUUCCUGGAGAUUCAGGGCUACCAGGAGAGGAAGGGAUAAAGGGAGAUCCUGGCCGGCCUGGCAGAGAUGGACCACCUGGUUCCGGUGGAGAUAAAGGAAGCCCUGGACCAAAAGGGUACAAAGGAGAACCUGGUCUUCCUGGUCUUAAGGGAAGUCCAGGCGCCAAAGGACUUGAAGGGCCAAAAGGAGAACCUGGUCGUCGUGGUGAUCCCGGAGACUUAGGUUCUCUUGGAAAUCCAGGAUCCAAAGGGGACAAAGGAGAUCCUGGUUCUGAGGGACAAAGGGGUCUACCAGGAGAAGUUGGAGAGAAAGGAAGAAAUGGAGAUCAAGGACCACCUGGCCAGCGCGGUUCACCAGGUGAUGCGGGAGAAACAGGCAACCCUGGCUCAGCUGGAGAUCCUGGGAGAGAAGGUGAAAGGGGUGACAUGGGACCUAAAGGACCCAAGGGUGACAGGGGGAGACCUGGCUUAAGCUCUCCUGGUCCCAGAGGAUCCCGGGGUGACAAAGGUGAAAAGGGGCAUCCAGGACCAGAGGGUUCAAGAGGUGACCUUGGACCAAAAGGAGUUAAAGGGAAAAAAGGAGAACCAGGUGAAAUUGGAGGUAUCGGCCUUCCAGGUCAGCCUGGACCCAGAGGACCAGAUGGUGAACCUGGACCUGAGGGUGAUCCUGGUCCUCCUGGAGAUCCUGGUUUAACCGACUGCGAUGUGAUGACCUACAUCAGAGAGACCUGUGGCUGCUGUGACUGUGAAAAGCGGUGUGGUCCACUGGACAUUGUCUUCGUCAUAGACAGUUCAGAGAGUAUUGGCUAUACCAAUUUCUCCCUGGAGAAGAAUUUUGUCAUCAAUGUAGUGAGCAGGCUAGGCUCCAUUGCCAAAGAUCCAAAAUCUGAGACAGGUGCCCGUGUUGGAGUGGUACAGUACAGUCAUAAGGGGACCUUUGAAGCCAUCCAGCUCAAUGACAAGCGCAUUGACUCCCUCUCCAGUUUCAAAGAGGCAGUGAAGAAGUUGGAGUGGAUUGCAGGGGGCACAUGGACUCCCUCUGCACUUCAGUUUGCCUAUGAAACACUCAUCAAAGAAAGCCGGAGAGAAAAGGCCCGGGUGUUUGCUGUGGUGGUGACUGAUGGACGUCAUGACCCGCGAGAUAAAGACUCCAACCUGCAAGCCCUCUGUGAUGGAAAUGUUGUUGUCAAUGCCAUUGGGAUUGGAGACAUGUUCCAUGUAGAUGAAGAAUCGGAGUCUCUGAAAUCAAUUGCUUGUAACAAUGAAGCAAGAGUCCAAAGAAUGAAUGUGUUCACUGAUUUGGUGGCUGAAGAGUUCCUUGACAAAAUAGAGCUUGAACUCUGUCCAGAUCCUCAGAUUGUCUGCCCUGAACUACCCUGCCAAACAGAGCUUUCUGUUGCCCAGUGCACACAGCGUCCAGUUGACAUUGUCUUCCUCCUGGAUGGUUCUGAAAGAACUGGCAGCCUGAACUUUCGCAGGGCCCAUGGUUUUAUAGAAGAAGUGGCUGAGCAUCUCACACUGGCCAGAAGUGACAAUGACAACAUGAAUGCACGCAUUGCCCUGCUGCAAUAUGGAAAUGAGGAUGAACAUGUGGUAGUUUUCCCACUGACAUACAAUCUUACUAACAUCUCAGAUCGUUUAGCCGGGAUCCAAUAUUUGGACUCCUCUUCCAACAUUGGGUCUGCCAUCAUCUAUGCUAUCAACAACCUUGUCAUCAACAUACAAGACAGGCAGAAGGCAGCUCGGCGUAAUGCGGAGCUGUCAUUUGUCUUCAUCACAGAUGGUAUUACAAGCAACAAAAACUUGGAUGAGGCAAUUGAUUCCAUGAAGAAGCAGAAUGUUAUGUCCACAGUGGUGGCCCUAGGCAGUGAUGUGGACAUGGAUGUCCUGCUGAAGAUCAGCCUAGGAGACCGGUCAGCCAUAUUCCGGGAGAAGGACUACACAAGUCUCUCCCAGCCUGACUUCUUCGAUAGAUUCAUUAGGUGGAUCUGUUAGUUGUGAGGAAGACACCAAAGCUUUUGUGCUCCUAUAUUGUUACAUGGUUUUUUAGCAAACAUAUGCUGCCAGAGGGUAGCUGGCACAAAUUUUCAAGGGAAUUUAUUUUUAUAUUCAAAAUUGGUAGGCUCAUUUCAAAUAAUGUUUAUGGUGCUAAUUAAAAACAAGAUCAUAGGAGGAUACAGAACAACACAGUAUCAUUUGUCAUGCUUUAAAACAUUGUUUAAAAUGUUUAUAUUGUAAUCCUUUUGGUGCUGAAUAGAGGAACAGUGCAUUCAACAUAAAGCAUAAAAAAUUAUCACUUCCAGCUGCCUCAAGGAUCCAACUUAACCCUCCCUCCUCUCCCAUUAUUUCCCACUCAUCCAUUUACUGGUAGACGGGUAAUUCCAUUUUGCCUUGAUUGUGAUGCUAACAACUCCUCCCUUUUCAAGGAGAUACUUUGCAGUUGAAACAAUAACAGGAAAUAUUUUUACCAGUACUGAGUCUUGCACUUGGUCUACUCCAUUAGUAAAUAUCUAGUCUUCCUUGCUUGCUUUUCAUGUACUUGCUUCAGGGUUGAAACAUUGGAUGGUUUCCCAUGUAUUAUGAUGCAUGUAAUAAAUGGACUUCACAUAGAUAUCUAUAGCUACUUCAUCUUAGAAAGAUCUAAGAAAAGGAGUUUUGUUCCUAUACUGACAAGAUAUGGCAUUCAGUCCCCCUGUACCUGCACUGUUCUGCUCCCAAGGAAGAAGUCUUUCACUGAAAAUGGACUCCAUUAUAAUGUGAAAGAGAUUCUGCUGGAUUACCUUCUGGAUUUCUUGCUACACUUAAUUGAAGCCUAGUGCCAUCAGCUUUCACUGUUGCAUGCAUAAAUCUGGAAAUUCCCUGGUUGCCUUGGCAGACUAUUUUUCUUUUUUCCACAAUAAUGAUGAUAAGCACUGUUGAACUGAUCCCAGUUUGAAGUGUACUACUGUACACGUAGAGAUGUAAAAGAGGCCACUGGGAGUUUAUUUGAACAGUAUACUCCUAUUAGGCUUUGCAGUAGAAUAAAUAAUUCAGUCAAAUUAAUUGCUUCCCCAAUCAAAGAAAUUGCUUACAAACCAAGUUUUAAAAGCCUGCAAAUUUACAUGCAAAAGAAUGGAAAAAAGCAUGACUGCAUUUUUAAAAAGAAAACGGGGGAGGAAGCAAUUGAAAUGUUACGUAACAAAGAAGAUGGAUAUAAAGAUUCCAUACAUUAUGAACAUAUGAAACCAAAAACAUGGUUUUAAAAACAUAUGUUUGUAAUUCAGAAUUCUGCCCUGUUAAUAUUUUACUGAUUUGCACACUCCUAGCUCCAAGUAAUUUUUUUCCUUUUAGUUUUUUCUUAUUCUACACCACACUGCCUUUCUUACACUUCCAACUUUCUAGCAAAAAUAUGUCUUCCAUCUUAUUUCUAAUUGCUAAUAAUCUUGUUCUUUCAUAAAUCACAGAUUAACCAUUCUCUGAAAUACAGUGUGAACUAUCCAAUCUGCCACUGUGCAAAGCCAUACUAAUUGAUGAGCAAUGAAUACCCACUGUCAAUGUAUUCUUGAUAUACUGUUUCUGGAAUAACAUCCUUACUUGAGCCAAAAUUGCACUCCUGAUAAAUAAACUCUUUUUUCACAAUAUCUUAAUAAUA